AUGCUCAGCCUAGAGGAUGCAAAAAAAUAUGUUGGUAUUAACUUUGAGCCUGGGGACCCUGAUUAUCGUUGGUCUUUGAAAGAUCAUCAAAAGCAACCUACAAAACUAUCUGAAUGGACUGAAUCGGCAAUUCAGAAUAUUCGACGAUCAAAGUACCUACGAACCUUCGGACCCGAAUCCCUAGUCCGAACUUUAUUUGAUAUCCUUGUUUGUGACCGUCUAGAGCUUCUAGAUGACACUGCUGCUGCCAAACAAUUAAAGGUCGUAGCAGAAGUUCAAAUGGAUGUUUUGGCGGAGUACCGCUCUAUCCACACAAGGAUUUCCGGGCGUGCUGAUUGGACACUUGGCUACAUGGAUGAGAAGGACAACCUUCAGGAAAUGCUAGUUGUGAUUGAGGCAAAGGCACGUGGUAAUAUUGUGGCAGCUCUUCCUCAGCUUUUAAUUUAUCUUGCGGGCAUCCAAGAUGCUCGUUCUAUGGCUAAGAAAACCAACAAGACAGUUUUCGGAGUGGCGACCGAUUCUGAUCAGUUUAUUUUUGCUAUUCUCAAAGAGAAUCGGAAUGCAUUUGUGUCAAAAGCGCUAGAUUGGCUCGAGGAGAAAGAAUUAAUUGUCUCAUUUCUAGACAAUAUUCUUCAAGACGCAAUCGAGUCAUCUCCUCAUACAACACGAGUCAGGAUUGGAAACAAGAAAAUCAAGCAAUUUGAGCAAGCUCUCGGAAAAACAUACAUGUUUGGUGACCAGGGAUGCAGCAGCAGUAGUAUUAGUGAUGAUGACAGUAAUAAUCUCGGAACAUGGAAUGUGGUUGAGGUCAAUGGAGUUUCUCUCCUUCAACUUUGUGAGGAAGAUGAAGACAAUGCUCGUUAG